UUUCUGGAAAGUGCUUUGUCUCUCCGACUGAAUCCUGGGAAAGGUCAUGUGUGGACCCAGUGAUGUCAUGAGAUCACAAACUGACUCAGCUCUUUUGCAUCAGAUAUGUGUGUCUGUCUUGCAGAACACCAUAAUGACGGAGGAAGCCUGCCGGACACGGAGCCAGAAGCGAGCACUGGAACGCGAGAUCAACCAGAACGACGUCGACAGUAAAAAGAUGAAGCUGGACAAAGGCCUUUUGGGGGGCCCGGAGGCCAAUGCCGAAGGCGGGGACCUUAAGAUAAAGACUGACCCCACCUCCGGGAGGGUCCCGGGAUUAUUAAAAGGAGGGGAGAUGAAAGCCACCAUCAAAGUGGAGGUGCAGACGGGGGACGAGCCAGUGGACAUGAGCACCCCAAAAAGCGACGCCAAGCGAGAGCGAAGAGUGCCGUCACCAGAUGUAAUAGUCCUCUCGGACAACGAGCCUUCGAGUCCCAGAAUGAACGGGUUGACGAAACUAGUGAUCAAAGAGACCAGCGCGGAGGUGUUGAUGAAAAGCAGCCCUGAAGAGCGAGAGCGAAUGAUCAAGCAGCUGAAGGAAGAGCUGCGGUUAGAAGAGGCAAAACUGGUGCUGUUGAAAAAGCUCCGACAGAGUCAGAUACAGAAGGAGGUGACGGCUCAGAAGCCAACUGGCUCCUCAGGAAAUACCGUGGCAACCCCUCCACCGUUGGUGCGGGGAACACAGAGCCUCACUUCCAACAAGUCAUCCCUUCUUCAGAAUUCUUCUUCCCGUAUUCCUGGGACUGUUAUUCCUCCCCCAUUGAUCCGUGGUGGGCAGCAAGCCUCCUCGAAGCUGAGUUCUCAGCAGAACACACAAAUAGUCAUGCCCCCUCUUGUCCGAGGGGCACAGCCCAUUUCUGUGUCUCCUCAGCAAAUCCACAACAUUCGCCAACACUCCACCUCAGGGCCCCCUCCGCUGCUCCUGGCUCCCCGGGCCUCCGUCCCCAGUGUGCAGAUACAGGGCCAGCGGAUCAUCCAGCAAGGCCUGAUCCGUGUCGCCAAUGUCCCCAAUGCGAGCCUGUUGGUCAACAUCCCACAGGCCUCUCCGACUUCUCUCAAAGGCACAGCAGUGACGUCGGCCCAGGCGAACGCUGCAGCCACCACGGCCAGCGUGGCUUCCAUCGUCAACUCCAACGACUCCCCCGCCAGCCGGCAAGCAGCCGCCAAGCUGGCCCUCCGGAAGCAGCUGGAGAAGACCCUCCUGGAGAUCCCCCCUCCCAAACCGCCAGCCCCCGAAAUGAACUUCCUGCCCAGUGCAGCCAACAACGAGUUCAUCUACCUGGUUGGACUGGAGGAGGUGGUGCAGAACCUCCUCGAAAGUCAAGGCAAAGUGUCGGUGGUUCCCUCCUCCCAAGAGCCCUACACCUGCGUCCAGUGCAAGACGGACUUCACCUGCCGCUGGCGGGAAGAGAAGCGGGGGCUGAUCAUGUGCGAGACCUGCAUGUCCUCCAACCAGAAGAAGGCCCUGAAGGCUGAGCACACCAACCGCCUGAAGGCCGCCUUUGUCAAGGCCCUGCAGCAGGAGCAGGAGAUCGAGCAGCGGAUACUGCAGCAGGCCGCCUCCCCCGGCCAGACCAAGUCGGAUCAGCUCGCCCAGCAGCAUCAUGCCCUCAAGCAGACCUCCAGUCAGCUGCCCCGAACCACCAGCACCCCCCGUGGAGUCUUGCAUGCAUUUAGCCCGUCGCCCAAGUUGCAGAACGCAUCUGGCGUGGCCGUACUUGGUGGCAGGCAAGGUAAGCAUGCUCCGAGGCCCAUCGGGAAAGGCGGUGCUUGCACUUGGAAGAAGACUCCCGCCAAUGCAGGCGGGGCGCUCAAUUUCGUGAACCCAAGCCUCACCGUGCACAAAACGACCUCUUCGGCUGUGGACCGCCAGCGCGAGUACCUUUUGGAUAUGAUCCCACCGCGAUCCAUCCCGCAGUCGGCCACCUGGAAAUAACGCUGGAGCCUCCGCCUUCUAGUGGGAGACUUCGAUUUUUUUUUCGGGGGGGGGGUGUUGAUUCCUCACCCCACCCCCCUUCCUCUCCCAUUUGAAUUUGCUGCCUUUCUCUGCCUCCCCCCACACCCCCAUUUUACCAUGCAGUGGAAAAAUCUGCUUUUUGAGCCUAGCUGGAUUUGCCCCAUGGGGGGGCAUCGCAGGGGAGGCUUAAUUUUUUCUUUGGUUGGCCCUGCCAAAGGCUGCCUCACAUUCCACAGGGUGGAAGGAAUGCUUUUCUUUUUUUUUUUUUGGUGGGGGGGCAACAGCAAUGAUACAAGGCUACCAAAUUCUUGCAGCAAAGGCUGGCUUGGAGAGGGGAGAGCAAUCUCGGUGAUUCUUCUUUAUUUUUUCUUAUGUAUUUCUUUUUUUUUAGUUUUGGGAGCUGACUUUUUUUUUGUUUUUGUUUCCCCCCUCCCCCUUUCAAUCAGCACUAGCACAGAGAGAGGAGGACUGCACAAAGUCGUGUGCUCUCAGCUGCUUCUGGUUCCCUUCCCCGCCUUACAUUUGUAGUCAUUCAGGUUUAGUUUUCGUUUGUUUGUUUGGGGGGGGGGGGCGGUUCAGUUGAUCGUACGACGGUCAGUAGCGAUCAAGGGUAUACUUCUUCUCGCCUGCGGAAAACAGAACUGGAACCCAGCAAUAGCGGACAAAAUCGGAAACGUCGGGGGGGGGGAGGGGAUCGGCGCCCCUCUUCGUCCCUCCCUGACGACGCCGUAUGUGAUUCCCAGGGAGGCCAUGGGGUUAAUGGCAGGAUUUGAUUCCACCACCACCCCUCCCCAUCUGACCAUAAAUUAUGAAGCAGUGCGUGAUGGAUCUAGCCACUGUUGGAAGAGACAGGGCAAGCGAACACAGGGUUGGCUCUUUUGUAAAACCACAAUCCCACGUCUGGACAUCUUGCCUUGGACACUCAACCAUCUCAGCCCCAAGAAUUACUGGACAGUUAAAACCCAAAGAAUGUCUUGAAAUCUCCUUCUGAAAACAGUCAGUGUGUUGGGGGCGGGGGGAGAGGCAUGUGGUUAAGAGCUCUCACCUGUAGAAGAGGUCAAAGAAAACAGGAAUAAUUUUUACAGAAUAAUUUUUUUUGGGGGGGGGGGGUCUUCCUCGGUGACACCUUUGUAAUCUCACCCCCCUUUUGGCUGUCUUUGAGCAGUGUGCAAUUUAGGUUUGUUGAGCAGAAGGGACCAGAGGAGUAAGAAGGGGGGGGGGGUUUGGGGGGGUGGUAUUAAAAAAUAAAACAGAAUUAAAUGUGAGACAGAAUUCUGCUUGUCUCCAUUGCUGCUGCUACAGGCGAGUGGUGGGUGAGGAGCAGGGAAGAUGAAUAAGAAUCCUCUUCCCGUUAGUACCAUUCUAAGUCACCAGCCCCCAAACACAGCGAUGUCGGAUAAGCGGGCCGCCUCUGACGUGAGAAUUUCAAUUCGUUCUGAAUGUUCCACCACCCUCUUUUGGAAGGAGGGGAGAGGGCGGGGGACAGAGUUCCCUGUAGCACCUUGUCUAACUUUGGCUUUAAAUCCAUUCUGCCCUCUCCUCCCCUCCCCCCCCCCUGGAAAAAAUGAAUUCCAGCUAUUAAUGCAGAAGCUUCAGAUUGACGUUUUCACCCCUCCUCUUUUUUUGGGGGGGGGCAGGUUUUGUUUUCUAGUGGUGGAGAAUAUGGACCUUUCAAUUAUGAUUUGUAAUAACAUGUCGGCAACAGAUUUUUAAUGCUGACAUAGAAGGUGCAUUGCAAAAAUUAUAUAAAUAUAUAUAUAUAUCUAUAUAUAUAUAAAGAGGAAGGGGGCAGGAGGGGGGGUUAACACUGCAGUUGAACCAUUUUUUGGGGGGGAGGGGGUCCUGGGUGGGUCUGGUAUUUUGUUAGCUGCAAGUUAGAUACUUAAUUUAAAAAAAAAACAAAAACAACUGUGGCUGUACAGGGGCGAAAGGUCCCUCUUCAGAUUUAUGACUAUUGCAUUGUAAUAAAAAAGCUCCUUCUAA